AUGACGAUACAAUCCACGUCAUCAGCCGCCACAGCUACACCGGACUACUGUCAGCCAGACGAAAGCACGUUUCUUGUCGGUUUCAAUAGGGUCCGACGUUAUGGUACAACUCAGAGCCAGUCGUCACCGGCAACCCCGUGCACAUACACUAUAUACCACGUUCAACCCGAUGACACUCUCGAAAGAAUAGCUUUGAAGCAUAAUUGCUCGGUAUCUUCCCUGGUUCGAGCCAACAAACUCUGGUCGCCAAGUGCGUUGUUUAUGAAACAGUUCAUACGAAUACCCAUUUUUAAUACUCAACAUGCACCAACACCACCGCCUAGCCUACGAUCACAAGAAAAACCGUGCAACCAAAUGCCUGCCAGUACUGAACGGGUCGAAGAGGAAAAGUCGAUGAAGGACAUUCUACAGCGCAUAGAUCGAAACAUCAAAACGUUUCGGAAAUGUGAUAAUUCUAGCAGCUCAGCUUAUGAUCAUAUUUGA